GGUGGAGACUAUAAAAUAAUCCCGAUUUAACCUGCUGAAGACUAUUUAAACUCAAAUACAUAUAUACUGGCGGACUCUUAAAACUCUAAAAAUUAUUUCUUGUGGAGAACAAUGUAUACUUUGUUUCGUGAUGCAUCUUCCUUUAUGAAGGUAUAGGUCGCUUGGUUUCUCCGGACACACGUGACAACCAAUCUAUUUAAAACCCCAAAAAAAGUAUACAUGAAUGAUAUUAAAUGCAUAUUAUGAGUUUAUGAAUGUUAUGGAACAAUCGAAACCGUUUUCCUCAAAUAAUCCUUUUUUUGUGGUUCACCAGUUCUUUUAGUAAAUUAGAGAUAAAAGCUUAGUAGAUAAAAUUUUUCAAAGCAUCAGUAUAAUUCAGACGGACAUGAUUGUGGAAUUUAAUAAACUAAAAUUAAACAAUUGUUUAUGUUUUAAAAAUUGUACCCAUAAAUUUUUAAAAAGUUUUAAAAUUUUAAAAAGAUACAUACAUUUUUUACAUUUUGAAAAAAAGUUUGAAAACAUGUAUAAGUUUGUAGGGUUUUAACCAACUUAUAACUGUUGAAUUGGAAAACAUUUUAUUCUCUAGCUAAAUAAAGAGCAAAUCCAUUUGUUAUUAGAAAAAAACACAAAAAAUACUCUCUCUGAUAUAAACAAAUUUAAUUUCACAAUAGUUCUCAAUUCUAAAUAACAAACAAUUCUUGGCAUUAGUAUUUUGUAUUUCGUAAAUAAAAGUUGUAAAUAAAUUAAUAAAAUACUAUAGUUAAUAAUAAGCAAAUUUGUUUAAUUAAUAUUAAAUAUAAUAAUAAAAAAAAAUUAAACUUUUCUAAUGUAAUGGUGAAGAAAAUCUUAAUGGUUUGUUUAGGUAAUACAUGUCGCUCUCCCAUUGCUGAAGCUGUCAUGAUCGCCACAAUCAAAAAAUAUCAUGUCUAUGAGGAUUGGGAAGUAGAUAGUGCGGCUAUUGCUGAUUGGCAUGUUGGUAAAGAACCCAAUAUUCGUUCUAUGAAUAUUAUGAAAACAUAUAAAUUACCCUAUAAAAAUCGGGCGCGUCAAAUAAAAGCAUCUGAUUUUAAUGAAUUUGAUUAUAUUUUUGGUAUGGAUUUAUAUAAUAUGGCUAAAUUGGAUGCCUGUAUGCCUCAGGGUUCAAAAGCAAAACUAUUGAUGUUGGGUGAAUUUGGUUUGCCGGAAUCUGAUAGAAUUAUAGAGGAUCCAUAUUGUGCCCGUACUGAUGCUGCAUUUGAGAAGGUCUAUCAACAAUGUGUGGUGGCAUGUGAAGCGUUUUUGCAGAAAGCGUUAGCAAAUGAAAUUUAGAUAUUAAUAAUUUGUUGUAUAUAUUUAGAACCAUAAAAAAACAAAUAUGCUCUAUAAUUAUAAAUCGAAUUUAUUAUGUUCAGUGGUCAUAACAUUGAAGGGAAAUAGAAAAUAUCCUUUUUUUAUUAAAAGUUUAAAUUAUGUACUUGAAAAUUUUCUUAAGAUCAAUGUAUAUCCCCCUUGAUCUUGCAAACUAGUGCCUUCUAUCUAAAGGGUCACCAACUGUGGACUUUAUACUAAUUUAAAUACAUAUGUAAAGUAAAAAUU